AUGUCCCGCCGCCGCCGCCCCACGCCGAGCUCCGGAGCCCGGCCGAGCGGCCGGCCCGACAGCGGCGCGUUACCUGCGCCCCGCGCCCCAGCCCGCGCCGCUCCCGCGCGCCGCUGCCGCGCGCCGCCGCCACCGCCGCCUCCGCCGCCGCCGGGGCUCCACCGCCUUCUGCGUCCCAGUGGGUGUCGGACGCUCCCGGACCGAGCGCCAAACCAGGCAGCCCAAUCGCCAUCGCUUUUAUUUGGCCCCCCCUGUCCAACCAAGCGCCGCCCCGAUUGGCGGGACGCGAGGCGGGCUCCCGUCCAAUCACAGGGCCCGCCGGGCUCGGAGGCGCCGAGCCAGCCCCACGCAGAGGCGCCCGCGGGACUCGGCCGGGCCGGGCCGGCGGCGCGUGCGCGCGGGCGGGCAGGCGCUGAGGGACGCUGCCGCCCGAGUGGAAGCGCCGGGCCGGCUCUUUGUUCUUUUCGCCGAAAGCCCGGCGCCUCUCAGGAAGGCGGCGGGUCCGGCGCUCGAGGAAGAAGGGCCUCCAGAGCCCGAUUCCCCGAACCGCGGGCGGGAAGGCGGGCUGGGCGGGGUGGCGGGAACCGGCCGGAGGGCGGGACGGCGCGCUCGCGGCGCUUGGCGGGAACCGCCGCCUCUGUGUUCCCGGGCCGGAGGGGCGGGGCGGGGCCGAAAGCCAAGUUUGAACCAGUUCAAAACUCGGGGGUGGUAACGGUUUCAACCGCCGCGCUCUUUUUCACCGCGCGCGCAGCGGAGGCCCCGGGCCGGCGGGCGGGAGGCGCCGGACGUGAGGGCCCGCAGCGCCCCGUCUGCGGGCCAGACGCCCUCUACGGCCCCAGCUCCAGCCGGGCUAGUCUCGGGCGAGGAGCAGCGAGCCUCCCGCGCUGCGGCAGGGCCGGUGCGCCGUCCCCCGAGCCGAGCGGAGCGCCCUGCCCGCUACUUUUGUCUGCUGCCGCCCCUCGGCCGCUUGGCCCGACUCGGGUCCCACGUCCCGCUGGACUUUGGCUAGUGGAUCCCGCAGUGCCCAUAGCCUUAGAAACCCUGGGAAAGAGAGAAGUCACGAUUAUUUCAAAUUCCUCAUUCAGAGCGCCCUGUUCAGACCCUUUCCAGUGUUUGUAG